AUGGACGCCACGGAGCCGGCGGCGUCCGCGCUGCCUUGGGAGGGCUACUUUCACCGCGAUGCGGUCCUCUUUGUUAUCGAUGCUGGCAUGCACAUGCAUGAAGAGGUGGAACAUGAGACCGCAUUUAUCAUGGCAUUGCGCGCGGCUCUGCGCUUCAUGCAUAUCAAGCUCGUCAGCUCGCCCAAAGAUUAUGUCGGUAUUAUGCUAUGGAAUACCGAUGCGUCGCGGAUGAUCACGCCGAGCAAGAACCCUUAUUAUCCGCAUACGAUCGAGUAUGCACGGCUUAAGCAGGUUGAUGUGCCGACGACCUUUGAGCUGCAACAGCUUUUGACCGCGCUGCAAGCCGAUCCGCCAGCGGCGCGCACGCGUUUCCCACCUGCUAGCUCGACCAUGAAUGUGGACCACGUCUUGGCGAAUGCCUUGCAUGUGAUCACUGCCAGCGUCCGGGCCGGCACACGUCGUGUGUUUUUCCUCACCAACCAGGACGAGCCACAUGCUCCUCCUCACAAGAAGUAUAUCCAGAAAGCGUGCAUUGAUCGAAUUCGCGACUAUUACCGACGUGGUAUUGAGGUGGAGCCUUUCUUCCUCGGAAGCUCGUUUCGUAUGCACGCAUUCUAUGCCGACAUAUUGGGCGUGUAUGACGACGGUUUGCUGCAGGAUACCCUACGCCCGUGGCGUUUGCGGCAGUUGCAGGACCAAAAUGGGCCAAAGCGCAGUGCGUGGGACUCGACGUCCAAAUUUGCGGAGCUGGAGGAGCAGAUCAGCAGUCGCGAGAUGCCCAAGCGUGUCGUCCUAGAUCUGCUGAUGGACCUCGGGCCGCUGUCCAAGACGUCCCAUGCCACACGAUGGCGCAUUCACGUCAAGGGCUACAGCCUCAUUUCGGAGGCCACGCGCGACUUGCCAGUCAAGGUGACAUCUUAUGGCCACGAGGAUCCAUAUGAUUUGUACGAGGUCGUGAACAUCACACGCCCUGUCCGCGCUGCCAAUGGCGAGCCUGUGCAGGCGGAACAGAUCACGAAUGCGUACGAGCUACGUGCAGCGUCGUCCCAUGACUAUGUUACGUUUAGUGAUGAAGAAAUGCAGGGCCUUCGACAGUGUGGCAGUAUUCCGGGUCUCGUGCUACUAGGCUUCAAGGACCGCUCCACGCUGCACUUUUACGAGAAUAUCAAGCACGCCUACUUUUUGUACCCCUCGGACCUCGAGCAUCCGGGGAGCAAGUGUGCCUUCGCGGCCCUCCUCCAAUCCAUGCUGACGAAAGACAAGCUGGCUCUGACGCUGUUUACGCCGCGUGAAAAUACCACACCGAGUAUCGCCGUGCUUCUACCCCAGGCAGAAGAGCUAGAUGAGGAUGGACAGCAGUGCCAGCCCCCAGGAAUGCAUUUGAUCGUGAUGCCGUUCGCCGACGACAUCCGCACGCCUCCCCCGAUCAAGACACUCUCGGCCAAGCCCGAGCAAGUCGGCGCAGCCAGCAAAAUCAUCGAGAGCUAUACCCGCAAAAGCCCCUUUAAUCCCGACGUCUUUGUGAACCCGGCCCUGCAGUUUCAUUACGACCUGCUCGUGGCCCAGGCUUUUCAUACCCCUAUGCCGACGUAUCGUGACACUAUCUUGCCCGACUAUGACAUGAUCGAGCGGCGCUCUCGGUCGUUCAUUCAAGCAUGGCACGAAACUUUGCAACAGGACGCGCGCGUUCAAACGGACAAGGCCGUCGAAAGCUCAUCGGCUGUGCCAGACGACUUGGUCCGCCGGCUGCAUCGACAAGGUACCUUGGGCCAGCUCACGGUGCACGACCUCAAGCAGGCGUGCGACAUGUAUGGCUUGCGAAAGCACAGCCGGAAAGCCGAGCUCGUGGAUACGUUAUCCCAACACCUAUCUUCUCACUAG